UCUUAUAUGGACCUUGUCUGAGUGCAGUUCGGUUUUGUUGGCAGCGAGAUGUGGCAGAAGACGAUCGCGGUGGCGCUGGCUUUGCUGUGCCAGCUCGCACGCGCCCAGGUCGUCACCGUCGAGGGCAACGCCUAUAAGGGCCUGGUCGUCAGCAUCAGCAAAGAUUUACAAGAGGCGCUGUGUGACGAGUACAUCGAGGGCAUUAAGAACAUGCUCACGAGUGGAUCUUCGCUCCUCCACGCGGCGACGGAGGGCAGACUCUCCUUCGGCGAGGUGACCAUCGUGGUUCCUGAAGGAUGGACUUGCCAUUGGGUCGCAGGAACCACAGACGUGGCGUGGGACCGAGCCAACCUGCGGGUGGGGCCUUUGCACUCGGUCUUCGGUCAGAAUCCGUGGACGCAACAACCUCGAGGCUGCGGAGAACUCGGGGAUUUCAUGUACUUCCCCGAGUCGUUCCUUCUCGAAAAUUCUACGCUGGGAUCUCGAGGCAGCGUGUUCGUGCACGAGUGGGCCAAGUACCGGUGGGGCGUGUUCGAGGAGUACGGGCACAGGGCCGACCCGAUCUUCCCUUCCGCCACCAGGUCCUACGACGGCAACGAGACCCUCAGGCACACCUACUGCACUGACGGCGAAGUGGCGGGGAAUUUUUUGUGAGACUUUACGAACGGUUUUGUAUCCCAUUAUAAGAUCACGUCGUUGAAUGAUGAAAGAGAGAGAGAGA